ACAGCGUGGGAGCCGAAGAAUUAAGCUUUGGUUGUCGUAAUUUCAUGGUGAUGAUGAUUAACAAACUAGUGCAAUGGUUGCUAUCAAAGUAAAAGCUUUGUACUCCAUUGUCAAAGUUGUCGCCUGCCAUCACGUGAAGUGGCACAAGAACAACUGAACAAGUGCUUCCUAUCCACUCACUUCCCAUGAUACAGCCGAGUCUUUCUUUUUCAUGGUCCCAAACCAGCUUAUAAUCCUUUUUCUUAAAUAGAUGCCGCACCUCAAGAUUCCGCAAAUAUUUACAAAACAUGCCUCCAUUUUUUCAGCUAAGUUCAUCGCCCUAGUCCUUCAUUAUCUCUUCUUCCCCAACCACACAUGCAUACAAUGAAGUGAACAUACCCAUUUCUCAAAUUUGAGUAUUCAGUGCAUUUGGGUUUUGUGGGUCACUCUCAGGCACAACGAGUACAACCACUACCCUAUUUCGCCUUAAAAAGCUGGAGAAUUUUAUCGGCUAGUACUCAUUCACGCAUGCAAGCUCAGAUCUUUUUUCAAAUAGUUUGGUUGGGUUCUUUGAAUCAACAUGUUACAUGUUUGAGCUGUAAUGUACCUUUCACAGUGCAACUUUUAAAAGAUUAUUACAGCUAAUUAAUAGUAUGUAUCCAUCAGACGGCUAUGUAAGUGUAAAUACACCUGCUUUUACAGAGAAUGACUUUAACUCGGCUCUAGGAAUCCAAGAUCUCUCGGCCUCCUCUUCAUCUUGCUUCUUUCAUUCGUCUUCUCCGUUUAAUCUUUACGAAGAUGAGGCGAUUUACUCGCAGCAUCUGCAGGCUAUUUUAUGCGAGACUAAUUAUCAAGGCAUGGUAGAGACGAAUAAUGUUUCUGUGACCGGGAACACGGAGAAGCCUAGCCUAAUUGAUGUCAAUGUGAAGCUACCUGAUCAGGUAGUUGUGAGAAAGAAAAUGUGUAAGAAAGAUAGGCACAGCAAGAUCAACACGGCUCAUGGGCCUAGGGACCGGAGAAUGAGGCUGUCCCUUGAGGUUGCUCGAAAGUUUUUUUGGCUGCAGGAUUUGCUGGGCUUUGAUAAGGCUAGUAAGACUGUGGAAUGGCUGAUUCAGCAUUCGAAAAUUGCCAUCAAAGAACUGGCUGAGAGGUUUCCACAUAUAAACAAAGGCUCUAGUUUAGUCACGGGGAGUGCCUUGUCGACUUCAGAUUGUGAUGUCGUGUCUGGGAUGGACGAGUCCAUACCGAGGACUAUGAGCUCUGAUAAGGGGGUGCCUUCCACUGGCAGAAAGGAGAAGAGGACUAGAUCUGUGAGAAAACCUACAUUUCAUCCUCGUGCCAAGGAAUCGAGGGAAAAGGCUAGAGAGAAAGCGAGGGAAAGAACUAAGGAGAAAAGGCAGCAGCAGCAGCAGCUUGAUGUCCAACAAUCAGGCAGCUUAAUGAGUUGGAGGCCAUUUGGAACCGGUGAGGAACCGAGGGCUCCUAGUCAUAAUAACACUAGUAACUAUAGUGACCGACUUCCAGUCGAGGCUGGAAAUAGGCCAAAUGCUCGAAAGCUGCAGCUACAAAGUCAAGGAAUUAGAGAGGAUAUUGUUAAUAUUAGUGAUGCUAAUACUCACUUAGAAACUGGAAGCUGCAGUCCAUCGGCUCUCUUCAAUUAUCAUCAGCAAAUUAACUUCUGGAAUUUUUCGUGAGCUUCACAUCACAGACUUUCGAUUUGAUGGAUGUAAUAAUCUGGUCAUGGAAGGUAUAUCAUCUGCAAGUCCUUUCCCGAGUAGCUCAUCAUGGAUGAGAACAUGGCUUAACUGCAGAGGUUAUGUUAAUUAUAUAUGCUAUCUAUAUAUGUGCUUUAGAAUGAAACUGUUUGUAAUAAUUGUGUUUACAGUCUCAUGCCAUUUAGCUUCUUGAGCCAUGAAUGUUAAUCAGGUUCAGAAUGAUCAUAAGCUUCUCUUGUUUAUUAUAUACUAUUAAUAAUCUUGUAUAACUCUCUAAUUGAUGUAUGAUAAUCAUUUCAUGUACAGUUUUUAUGCAUAAUA